AAAGUCAUUCUGCUGAAGUGAAACUAAAGAAGGUAGCACAGAAAAGGUUUCUCAGACUCUUUAGACCUACUAGUCUCUCUGAACUAACUAUACAUUCUCCAGACCUCUUUCACAAACAGAAAGAACAGAGACAGCAAUCACAGACACACGCAGAUAUGGCGUUAUGCAACACUCUCCUGUCUGAAGAGAACUUCCUGUGCUCUAUCUGUCUGGACGUGUUCACUGAGCCAGUGACCAUUUCAUGUGGACACAACUUCUGCAUGGCCUGCAUCAGAAAGUACUGGGACAGUGAUGACCUGUGCCAAUGUCCAAUCUGUAGAAAGAAAUUCGACAGGAGACCUGAUAUUUGCAUCAAUGCUUUCAUUUCUGAGAUGGCUGCUCAGUUCAGGAAGUCAGUUCAACUGAGAGCUAGCCGCAGCCCAGACCAAAACUUUGCCGAGCUUGGGAGAGUGGCCUGUGACGUGUGCACUGGGACGAAGCUGAAGGCUCUGAAGUCAUGCCUGGUCUGUCUGACUUCAUACUGUGAGACUCACCUGCAGAUAGCCCCAGCCCUGAAGAGACAUGAGCUGAUUGACCCAGUAAAGAGGCUGGAAGACAGGAUGUGUAAGGAGCAUAACAAACCUCUGGACCUGUUCUGUAGGACUGAUCAGAUGUGUGUUUGUGUCCAGUGCAAGAAAACAGACCACAAGACUCACUACACUGUCCCUCUAGAGGAAGAGUAUGGAAAAAAGAAGGCUCAGCUGGGGCAGACAGAGGCAGAAGUGCAGCAGAUGAUCCACGAGCGACUGCAGAAGGUUCAGGAAAUGAAACACUCAGUAGAGAUCAGCAAGAGAGAAGCAAAGAGAGAGAUAGCAGACAGCGUGCAGGUCUUCACUGCUCUGGUGCGCUCCAUUGAGAGAAGCCAGGUUGAGCUCAUUGAGGUAGUUGAGGAGAAGCAGAAAGCAACCGAGAGGCGGGCUGAAGGACUCAUUAUAGAUCUGGAGCAGGAAAUCACUGAUCUACGUAGGAGACGCAGUGAGCUGAAGCAGCUGUCACACACUGAGGACCACCUCCACCUCCUUCAGAGCUCCCCAUCCCUCUGCAGCCUUCCACCUAACAAGGACUGGUCUGAGAUCAGUGUUCACCACAGUCUGAGUGUGGAGACAGUGAGGAGAGCUAUGUCUCAGCUGCAUGAGACAAUCAGGAGUGAAGUGAAGAAGUUGUGUGAUGCUGAGCUGAAGUGGAUGCAGCAGUGGUCAGUGGAUGUCACUCUGGACCCUGAUACAGCCCACCCCUCUCUCAUCCUCUCUGAGGACAGGAAACAAGUCAGAUAUGGAAUUAGAGAACAGAAUCUCCCUGACAACCCAAAGAGGUUUUCAAAGGGUGCCAGUGUCCUGGGAAAAGAUGGCUUCUCUGGGAGAUUAUACUAUGAGGUGCAAGUCAAGGAGAAGACUAAAUGGGAUUUAGGAGUGGCCAAAGAGUCCAUCAACAGGAAGAAUGACAUUUUCCUGGGUCCUGAGAAUGGCUACUGGACCAUAUGGCUGAGGAACGCAAAUGAAUAUGCAGCUAAUGAUGACCCAGCUGUCAACUUCCUCCUGAGAGAGAAGCCCCAGAAGGUGGGGGUGUUUGUGGAUUAUGAGGAGGGUCAGGUCUCCUUUUACGAUGUGGAGGCCAGGUGUCAUAUCUACUCUUUCACUGGCUGCACCUUCACUGAGAGAAUCUAUCCAUACUUCUGCCCCUGUCUUAAUGAUGGUGGUAAAAACUCUGCCCCUCUGAUCAUCACUCCUGUCAAUCACACAGACUGAGGUUUUUGUAAUGUAUUUUAUUUAAAAACAUAAUUAUCACAACAAAAUACAUACACAGUACAUAUCAUUAAAACAAAUGUUUCCUUUGUGUUUUUGUGUUUUUGACUUUUCACCCCAAAAAUAGUAAAAUAAGUUAAAUGUAAAUGGUAUGUAUUGUUCUACUGUCCUCCAUUUUGGUAAGAGUAUUUUCACCACUGUAUACAAUACUUUGACUGUUUGCUUACCAAUGUACUUUUUGCCCUGGUUUCUUGAAUAAUUA